AUGCCUGCCCCCUUUGUGUGUGGCGACCAAGUUGCUGAGGCAACUCGGCUCGCGGCGGAGGGCAUGGCCUUCACCGUCAGUUGGUGCCCCCGCCGUGGAGCCGAGUUUGUCCUGCCGUGCAAGGAGGUGGACGAGGCGUGCAGGAGGGAAUGGAAGCUGGGUAUGCGUGUGACCUGCGACACCGGGGUUGUGCGACCAGGCGUCGUGCACGAGGAGCUGCCGCACAAGCUCAUGUCCAAGCAGGGGACAAUCAGAGUCAUCAACGACUACCUGUGGCAGAAGCUUGAUGUCGAGUGGGAUGUCCAGCGUCCGUCUUCUUCCGGGAGCACCGCUAGAUCAGCCGUGGUGAGCCACUCCCUGAGGCUAUUUGGCGUGGACAUCGUUCCUUGA